UCACGAAGUCUUAUUACAUAUUGAAUUUUAAAAAAUUUCGACAACCAUUAUUAAUUAAUAAAGCCGUUUUAAAACUAUUUAAAAUUUCCAAAUAAUACAAAUCGUUCAACCUUGUCACGACAAAGCAGACGAUAAUUUUUGCUUAAGAAAGUCACGUCUUUUGCCACACUCAAUGUUAAUUUCUUCAAUAGCAAAUUUCAAGCUUAAUAUGAGCAAAAAAUGCCGAAGUGGACACACAAUCCUCCGUGUAAAGCCCACACUAUUCUUAGUCAAAUGUUUGAAAACGGAAAAAUUGAUCCAACAACCACUGCAAAAGCCGCUUUCAAGUUUCACCCAGAAUUUUCCAAGUUUAACAAACCGGUCUUUUACAACAACUUCAAGCAGCUUAAGCAAUUGCAUGGCCUCGAAUUAAAAAAAUCAGAAAAAAGCUCAUCGUCUGCUCUGAGUUGUUUGGAGGACUCGGCCAACUCUAGUAGUACCAGCUCUCUUUUCGUUUCUCGCAAACGCAUCCAUGACGAUCAAGAGUCUGACUUAAACGAGGAAAUAGAAGAUUUGGAUAGCAGGGUAAUUCACCAGAACGAGCCGGUCCUGAUGGCAGUUUAUAAGGAUCACUCAUUAGCCGAGAUAGUCUCUAUCUGUGUUACGCUUCCUAGUGGUGUCACUGAUAUCCACUUCACUCUUGAUGGCACUGGGCCUUCAACGACGUUUGCUACCAUCACGUACACCUGGCCUAAAGUUAUGUUCGACAUUGAAGGUUUAUUUGCAUCUGCUAUUUAAAAAAAAAACUAUGACAGUCGAACAUCCCAAGAUCAUAGCCCUUAAAUUGGAACUAGAGAAAAAUAGACAACACAUAGA